AUGUACUCAUUAUCGUCUUUAUUAAAACGCCUCAUUGUGAUCCAUGUCUUGGCCAUACAACUACUUCUUAUAAACAGCGAAUUGCCCUUAAACACGACCAAUGCGUAUCUCAACCACAAAUGCUUGGUUAGUAAAGGAAAAUACAAGCCGGGAAGUGAGUACGAGGAUCGUUUAAAAAGAAUCAUGAAAGGGUUCUAUUCGGGCAGUAACAAAGGUUACGACGGGUUCGGCGAUUCUACUUUAUCCGCUAUCCUCCAGUGCCGUGGUGACUCCUACGGGACCGAGUGCCGUGACUGCUUUGUCACCGCCCUAGCUGCGCUUCAUAGGAGAUGUCCGUGGUACAAGGGGAAAAUAAUAUGGUAUGAUCAAUGUCUUCUCUCAAUUUCUCCCAAAUAUACUAUUGGGCAGAUCGAUUACGACGAUAAUUUUUGUAUGUUCAAUGCUAAGAAGUUGAGUUGGAAUUCUGCAAUUACUUGGGCUACCUUCUUGAACAAUAUGACGACUUUAGCCAUCACUAGAGAUAAAAACAGAAUGUACUUAGCGGGGAAGCGGCUAUUGAAGGGUGAUAUGUUGUAUGGAAUGGUGCAGUGUACGAAAGACUUAUCCACACAAGCUUGUGAGGAAUGUUUAAUGUUUAAUACCGUACGCUUUCAACAUUGCUUGAAUUAUAGACGAGGAGCGAGAUUUAUGGGUAGGAGCUGUACUUUUAGAUUUGAGCUUUAUCCUUUUAUUGCCAAGUCGGUCCAAAUAAUUUAA